AUGACAGACGUUAAAAAAGCACCAUCAGCACAAAAGAAGGUUGCUGCAGCAACAGCGAAAAAAGCAGCUACUGGAUCGACGACGAGUCCGGCAGUACCCGUCACAACAUCAGCACCAGCGCCAAAAAGCGAACAAAAGAAAGCACCAACAUCGAAACCUUCGUCGAAAGGAAAAACAUCACAAUUAGCUAAAACAUCGACAAAGGUAACAAAAAAGACAACACAACAAAAAGGUGGAAGUAAAAAAAAGAGUAAAGCAAUCAAAUAUCAUAUUGAUUGUACCCAUCCGGUGGAAGAUGGUAUAUUUGAUAUGAAUGCUUUUGAACGUUUUUUACAAGAAAAAAUGAAAAUUAAUGGCAAAACAUCAAAUCUACAAGGUUUAGUUACGAUCGAAAAAGCAAAAGCAAAAGUGUCUGUUACAUCAGAAAUUCCAUUAUCGAAGAGAUACAUGAAAUAUUUGACAAAAAAGUUUUUAAAAAAACAUGAAUUACGUGAUUGGCUUCGUGUUAUUGCCAACUCAAAAGAUGCCUAUGAAUUACGUUACUUCAAUAUCAAUCAAGAAGAAAACGAAGCAGAUGAAGAAGCUUAA